UAUCACUUUAUGUCUCACAGUCCAGUCCAAUCCCUGUCUGAAGAGUUGGUCUCGGAAAUUGUUUUGAGAAAUGUAUUUCUUUUAGUAUCCAUUAGGAUUAUAGUGAUUGUCAAAUUGACAGAUUUAGAAAUCAUUUCUAGUUUAGCAUCAAUUUUGACUAGUGGCAUGUAGAGUAUUUGACAUACUUUAAUAAUUACUUAAUAAUUUAAUAAAAUAUUUAAUAUUUUUUAAUUAUUAUAUCAAUCUGAGGAAGCCUAGUAGAUAUAAUCCCUAUUUGCUUUAUAUAAAUUAGAGGUUUUUCUUUUAAGCCUGAAAUGUUUGAAUAUGCUGGACUUAACUUUAAAAAUAUGUCUAGAAAACUUUUUCUGACUUCUCAAGAUAUUCACAUGAUUUUUAGUGUGCACUUCCAGUGUAUGAGUAAGUACAAGAAAAUGCCCAGCCAGUUAGGUCAUAUGAUGGGCUGAACAAUCUCUGUUUGUUUAGAAAUCAACAGAACUUUCAGAAUGAUAGUGGCAGUUUUCUUUAACAUAUCUUCACGUAAUAAAUAGCUUUUCCCUCUUAGUUUGGAUUGAUUUGUUUAUGUUACAUGUGAAAAUAGAUUGUGAAAGGUCGGUAUUAUCUACAGCAACAAGUUAAAAUUAAAAUUUUAUAAUUGUUCUCUAGAUUAAUUUUGGCUAUUCUUUGAAGAAGAAUUGUUGUUAGUUGCCAUCAAAUUGGCUCCAACUUACGGCGACCUUAUGUAUAACAGAAUGAAAUUUUUCUCGAUCUUAAGAAUAAGAGUCUAUUGAUUGAUUGGUUAUUAUUUACCAGGUCCAGUUUAAGUGCUUUAUAAACAUCUUUUAUUUAAUCAACACAGCAGGUGUAGGUACUGUUGAUUUUCCCAUUUUGCAAAUGAGAAAUCUAAUUCAAGUUUAGGAUUCUUUAAGGAAAGGAACCUGAGUGGCACAAGCAGUUUGCGGUUGGCUUGUAACCUAACGGUUGACAGUUUGAACCCACCCAGUGGCGCUGCAGGAGAAAGGCCUGGAGAUCUGCUUCUGUAAAGAUUACAGCCAAGAAAACCCUAUGGAGCAGUUCUUCUCUGCACACACAGGGUUGUCAUGAGUUGGGGGCUGACUUAGCAGCCAACAACAAUGAUAUAAGGAAACAUUAUAAUCCCUAUUUUACAGAUGAAUCUGUCAAGCUUCAAAUCCUGCAUGUACUUUUUCUACUGUAUCACAUUGCCUUUUUUGUCUAGCAGUGGUUCUCAUCCCAGGUGGUAUUACUCUUGUUAGGUGUGAUUUUUGUUGUCACACUGACUGAGGGUUACUGUUGACAUUGAGUAGGCAGAGACCCAGAUGCAACAUGCUGGAUAGUCUUACACUACAAAGACUUCUUCGGCCCUGAACACCUAGUAGUAUCCCUAUUUAGAAACAUACUGCUAGUGUCUUUCUCCUUUCUUGUCCCACUUCAUAGGUGAUUAGAGAUUAAUUGUGCAAACACGUUUAUUAGUUGUGCUUUAUUUAUUAUUGUUUUACCAUUUUUCUUUUAUAUUUGGAGUACACUUAGGAAGUGUCCUAUUCUUUCAGGCCUUUGAGGGGGAUGAAAAAGAGGCGGUAUUCUCAUUUUGAAAAAGCGAUCUAAAUGUUAUUGAUUGAUUUAGUAAUAGAAACAGGAGUUAAAAUUUAAACAUACUAUCUUUUUAAUGAUAUUACUUUGCUUAAGUAUCUUAACAGCUUUUUAUCACACUUAGACCUAGUUUUUAUGAUAUUAAAGUACUUUUCAAAUGAAAUGUAGAAAUGGGACAUAUUUGAAACAAGAGACUUUAAAAAAGUUUUAUAAAGCAUAAAAUGUCAUACAUAAAUAUUGACUCUUAUGCAACAAUAUUAUUAAAUGUUCUUGCUUUCUCUUUAUAUUCUCAUUCAUGGAAAGGCCUGUUCAGAUAAUCUCACUACCUGACUGGAACCUAAUGCUGAGCUAUCUGUAUCAUAACUGUACAAAAGCAAAGCUAGAAGUAGACACUGUUGGCAUCGAGUUAGCUCCAACUCAUUGCGACCCCAUGUGUGCAGAGUAGAAAUGCUCCAUAGCGUUCUCUUGGCUGUAAUCUUUACAGAAACAGAUCAACAGGCCUUUCUGCUGUGGCAUUGCUGGGUAGGUUUGAACCAUCAAUCUUUAGGUUAGCAGCCAAGCACAAACCACUUGCACCAUCCAUGGACCUCCUAUAAGUAGACAGAAAUCUGUAAAUAAUGCAGUGAUGUUUUCUGAAAUUUACUGAAGACCAUUCAAAGAAAUUUGAAAUUUUAUUAUUCUUUGGAGGAGGAAUUACAGGAAUGCUAAAUUACUAGUUUUAGUUUUCCUUGAUCCUCUGACUGUAGAAUUUAGCUGUAUCAUAGGCAUGUUUAACUUACUGAUUUUAAAUAUAUAUAUGUUUUGGCCUCUCAAGAUUUUUUUUCCCUAAAAAAACUAAAUGGCAGUCCAUUUAGUGAGCUUAUGUGUGCUGUUUUCACAGUUAACAGUUUUUACUUCUUUUAUGUUAUGAAUAUCUAAUUACACUGAGUGUAAUUUUUCAUAGAGUAUGUAUAUUUUAUACAUAGCCGUAUAUGCAAGCCAACUUCUUCAGCUAAUGCUCAAAGAGGCAGUUUUGCUUUAAUAAUUGAAGAAAAGUCAGCUGUAUUGAACAUAUUUGAGAGGUGACUUAAUAUGUUCUCCAACAAAUAACUCGGGAAUCAAGGAAAAUUGAUUAACUGAAGUUUUUGCCUUACACCCUGACUUUGAAAACUAACCGCAGGAAAUGCUGCUAUUCCAUGUCUUUUUGCAAUAGUGUGGUUUAUGCUGUGGUCAUAUAUCAAAUAAUAAGUUAAAAAAAAGUUAUUUUUGGGUCGGAAAACAGGGAAAGGUAAGAGAUAAUUCUUCUUUCCUUGUCCUUGACCCUAUCCUUGGCCCCUAUCUUUUUCUUUUCCCAUCUCAAGAUAAGGAAACCAGAGGGUAUGCCUUACAGAAGGUUUAAAAUUACUGAAAUGAGGUCUUGAAGCUUUUUGAGAGAAAGAAGACUUGAAUACCCUUAGUAUUAGGGGAUCUGCUUUCAUUAAGAUUGUUGUUGUGGUUAGGUGCCAUCAAGUUGAUUUUCGACUCACAGCAACCCCAUAUGACAGGGUUUUCUUGGCUGUAAUCUUUAUGGAAGCAGAUCUCCAGGUUUGCAAUUGAAUGCUUAACUAAUGUACCUCCAGGGCUCCUUUCUGUUAAAUUACAGUCAAGAAAAUCCUAUGGAGCAUCCUACUCUGUAACACAUGGAGUCGCCAUGAUUUGGAAUUGGCUCAAUGGCAGCUAACCAGAAUGACAGUAUUAGGUGAUGAAACCAUUGGUACGGUCUUUUAAUUGCACAUGCAGGUUUUAUUUUAGUGUAUAUUUAAAAAAAUACUUGCUGCUUACUGCCAUCAGCCUCUUUCCUCACAUCCUCUGCUCCACCCAUCACUACUUAUUGUGCAUUUUCCCCUUAUUACGGUCUUAUUAUACUUCUAAGAAAUAAAUUUUAUGAAAGCAUGUACAUUUUCCAGUUAGAAAACAAACUGAGAGGAAGAUAUGUAGAAGUCGAUAAUAAGCUUUAUAAUCAAAAUUACUCAGUUAUUCUUGAUACUAAUUAUUGUCCAACAGUGAGAAGUAGAGUUUUUCAUAUUUAGCUCAGUGACUUACUGAGCAUCUGCCACGUUGAAGGCACUGUUCUAGGCACUAUUCAGAAUGAAAAUGUUUUAACAUAAUCACCAGAGAGCAACAGUAGUUGCUAAAUAAUUCUUAUUUUCUUCCUCUCAAAUUUCAGGGGUCAUGGCUAGGGAAUGGGGAGCCAAAGAUGAGCAAUGUAGGCCUGAACCCUGCUUUCAGGAGCCUUCAAGACAGGGAGAUAAAUAGUUAAAACCGAAAAAAAAAACAAAAAACGACACACACACAACUGAGCAGAGGUGAUAAGUGCAGAAGCUUUAUUGUGUAAUAAGAGCACAGACUCAGGGACCAAACUGUCUGCAUCUGCCACAAAGUAGAGCUCCGUAAGUGUUAAACUGUUAUUUUACACUUACUAUCUGACAAAUUUAGUUAGGUAUUUAAGUCUGCAGCUGGAAUAGCAAACAUUCUGGGCUCAGCUUGAUGUAGGGGAGCAUUGAGGGACAGUUAUGAUUGUGUCAAAAAAAGCUGCUCAGUUUAAGCAGUGUUUAAGCUGUGAUUUGUAAGAUGAGUGAGCUUUUACUGUAUAAAGCAGGGUGGGAGAGAACUAGAGAGAGCAGCAUGCUGAAAGGGUUGGAGGCCAGAGAACAAAGAGCUUUUGAGGAAAGUGAUCUGUGAUGACACUUGGGAAGGACUUUGUAAGCUUGACUUUUUCUCUAAUUUGGGUUUAUAAACUUGAAGCUGAUUUUUGUAGUACAUAAUAUAGUUAAAUUUUAUUUUUAAAUAAAGGUGAAAAGAAAACCCAAACAAUUCUAAACAAUACAAUUUAGUACUCUUCAAAGCUAACAAUUGUCAGCACACUUUGUUAGAGGCUAUUCUAGUUAUCUGUUGCUGCAUAGCAAACUGUUCUAAAAUUUAGCGACUUCAAUGGUAAGUUAUUAUUAUACAGUUUAUGAGUUAAUAACUGGGCAGUUCUUACAUGGGGUCUCUCAUGAAGUGGCAGUCAGAUAGUGGCUGGGGCUGGAGUCAUUUGAAAACCUGUCUGGAAUGGAUGCUGAACAUGGCUGGCAUUGGAUGCUGGCGGUCAGCUGAGGUCUCAGCUGGGGACAGUUGAUUGAAACACUUUCACGUGGCCCCUGCCUUUAGGUUUAGUUUCUCAUAGAAUGAUGGCUGGGUUCCUAGAGUGUGCAUUCUAAGAGUAAGUGCCCCAAGAAACCCAUGUGGGUUCUUCAUGGCUUUAUAUGAACUAGUCUUAAAAGUCUGGAGUAUCAUUUCUGCUAUCUUCUGUUAGUCAGGCGAGUUACUGAGGUCAGCCCAGAUUCAAGGGGAGGCUUAUUAGACUCAAUGGGGAAGUAGCAGGGUCACAUGGAAGAGUGUGUAGGAGGGGAAUUAUUGUUGUGGUAUCUCUCUGUGGGUGCCUUCUCUGACACCAGCUAACUCUAAAUCCAGAUAUCCUGUCUGAAAUUAACUGUGCAAAUGCUGUACUUCUUCCUCAGACCCUAACUGCCAGAGCUAGUUCAGAUCUCACAAAUUAAAAGGCACAGUCCUCUUGACUGCCAAGUCUGCCCAAGACUUCAAAUGCUGGCUGCAAGUCUCCAUGAUACCCUCACUUCUUACCUGUAGGCUACAAAUUUGGAGGUUCCUUCUACCCCAUCAGGAUGCCAGCCAUAAGCUUUGAGUCCCCAGGCUCUCCAUACUUCUGACCUGCUAGCUACAAAUUCAGGGAUUCUCAUUACUCCCUCUGGUUCAGUAAUUUGCUAGUAUGUCUAAAAGAACUCAGGAGAUCACUGCAUUUAUGAUUUUGGUUUUAUUAUAGGAAAAUGGAUACAAAUAAAGAGACACAUUGGGAGGGUUCCCAGCGUAGAACUUCCAUGUCCCAAAGGGUGCAAACAGCCCCCUCCCCCAUGCAUCAGUAUCUAACAUCAGUCAGGAAGCUCAUGGAGCUUUUGAGUCCAGCAGUUUUAUACUAGGGUCUCCAUAUGUAGACAUGAUAGAUUGAAUCAUUGCCCAUGUGGUUGAACUGUACCUACAGCCCCCCAAGUUCGGGCUGAUAUCACAUGGUGGGGCUUUCUAGCCUAGUCAGCCUACCUCAGGGAUAACAAAGACUCCAAUCACAGGAAAUUCCAAGGUUUUAGAGGAACCAAGUACAAAGACCAUAUUCUUUGGAUAAAGUUUGUUGUAAACCCACAGUCUAUAAAUACUUAAUCAGAACUUUGAACUUGAAAGCAAAACCGUGAAAUUCAUCAUUAGAACACAAUACCAAACCAAACCUGUUGCUGUCGAGUCGAUUCUAACUCAUAGUUACUCUAUAGUACAGAGUAGAACUGCCCCAUAGAGUUUCCAAGGAGCAGCUGGUGGAUUCGAACUGCUGAUCUUUUGGUUAGCAGCCGAAUGCUUAACCACUGUGCCACCAGGUCCCCAAAUAGAACACAGUAGAUUCCUAGUAAAUGAAAUAGCAAUUCCUAUUUUUGAUACUUGAGACACUCAGUCCUUGAGAACUUGAAUGGCACAAUGUGUUGUAGGAGUUUCUUUAUCUAAUAUUUAUGGCCUUUUAUAUAGAAAAAUAUUGUUCUUUGGUGAGAAAGAUCUACCUAUAUGUACAUAUUUAUAAAUAUAAAUAGCUAACGCAUAAGAUAUCUUAACUAAUUUGGAAGUCAUAAAGAUUUGAUUUCAUGAUGACCUUUUGUGGUUUUGUUUUAUACAGAUGACCUGAUAAUAAAGUUUUUACUUUAUAAAUAAAGUUCAUGAAAACAAAAGUGAAGAUAAUGGCAUUUUCUGAAAUUCAUAGUUUUAAAUAUGAUAUUGUGGUUUAUAUAAAUGUUGGGCAAACCAAGUAUAGUUUACAUGACAGCUGUAACUUAUACCAGAUAUUUGUUUAAUUUAUAGUUAAAAGCACCAGGCUAGACCUUAAAUUCCAUGAAGCUGGAUCACUAUCUUCUUAGUCACUGCUUUAUUCCUAAAGUCUUGCAUAGUACUUAUUGCCUAGAAGGUAAUUAAUAAAUAUUACUUAAGGAAAGUUAUGACUCUGUUUACUACCUGUUGAAUAUUUUUUCACAGUGCCAUUGUAAUUUGUAUGGAGAAGGUGAUUCACCCUGCUGGUAUUGCUUACUGAAUUGGAUUAAUCAUAAGGACCUAAAGACUGUCUUCGGUCUAUUAUGAGGAGGGUGAACCAUAAAGAUCCUCAUGUUGCUAUGCAAGCUUUGACACUUCUGGGAGCAUGUGUAUCAAACUGUGGCAAAAUUUUUCAUUUAGAAGUGUGUUCAAGAGAUUUUGCUAGUGAAGUAAGCAACGUAUUAAAUAAGGGUCAUCCUAAAGUAUGUGAAAAAUUAAAAGCUCUUAUGGUUGAAUGGACAGAUGAAUUUAAGAAUGAUCCACAACUUAGUUUAAUAUCAGCAAUGAUUAAGAAUCUUAAGGAACAAGGAGUUACAUUUCCAGCUGUUGGCUCUCAGGCUGCAGAACAAGCAAAAGCAAGCCCAGCUCUGGUAGCCAAGGAUCCUGAAACUGUGGCUAACAAAAAGGAAGAAGAAGAUUUAGCAAAAGCUAUUGAGUUGUCCCUGAAGGAACAAAGGCAACAGCCAACCACACUUUCCAGUUUGUAUCCAAGCACAUCCAGUCUCUUAUCUAACCAUCAACAUGAAGGUCGAAAAGUCCGUGCUAUAUAUGACUUUGAAGCUGCUGAAGAUAAUGAACUUACUUUUAAAGCUGGAGAAAUUAUUACAGUUCUUGAUGACAGUGACCCCAACUGGUGGAAAGGUGAAACCCAUCAAGGCAUGGGGUUAUUUCCCUCUAAUUUUGUGACUGCAGAUCUCACUGCUGAACCAGAAAUGAUUAAAACGGAGAAGAAGACGGUACAAUUUAGUGAUGAUGUUCAGGUAGAGACAAUAGAGCCAGAGCCGGAACCAGCUUUUAUUGAUGAAGAUAAAAUGGACCAGUUGCUACAGAUGUUGCAAAGUACAGAUCCCAGUGAUGAUCAACCAGAUUUACCAGAGUUACUUCAUCUAGAAGCAAUGUGUCACCAGAUGGGACCUCUCAUUGAUGAAAAGCUGGAAGAUAUUGAUAGAAAACAUUCAGAACUCUCAGAACUUAAUGUAAAAGUGAUGGAAGCACUUUCAUUGUAUACCAAGUUAAUGAAUGAAGAUCCAAUGUAUUCCAUGUAUGCGAAAUUACAGAAUCAGCAGUAUUAUAUGCAGUCAUCUGGUGUUCCUGGUUCUCAGGUAUAUCCAGGGCCUCCUCAAAGUGGUGCUUAUCUGGUUGCAGGGAAUGCACAGAUGAGCCACCUCCAGAGCUAUGGUCUUCCCCCAGAGCAACUGUCUUCUCUCAGCCAAGGAGCGGUUCCACCACCUGCAAACCCACCCCUUCCUAGUCAGCAGGCUCAGACUUCUUAUCCUAACACAAUGGUCGGUUCUGUCCAAGGAAAUACAUAUCCCAGUCAGGCUUCAGUAUAUAGUCCUCCUCCUCCUGCUGCUGCUGCUGCUGCUGCUGCUGAUGUCACUCUAUACCAGAAUGCAGGAACUAAUAUUUCCCAGGUGCCAAACUAUAGCUUAACAUCAUCAACUCUGCCUCAACCAGUAGGCAGUCAACAGCCACCUCAGCCACAGCAGCCAUAUUCUCAGAAGGCUCUUCUAUAGGACUUGGGAUUCCUCUUUGUGGCAAAUAUCUGCUAAAUGCAACAGACGUUAGGAGAUUCUUUAACAUCGUAAGAUUUGUCUAUCAGCUUAUAGGACUCUAUCUUGGUCAACAAAUUUAAAUACUCAAGAAGGUAGAACUCUAUUCAAUUUGCACUGACUUUCUAGAGUUCUCCCAUCCCCCACCUUCCACCCAGAGGAAUGAAACUACUUAUAACAUAUAAUUCCUUUCAUAAUAUGAAAGAAUUGAUACAAGGUUGUCUCUUAAAUUACCUAGUCUGAAAAAAGUCAGACUUAUAAUAAGCUGUUGUGACAAAUGUUAUGUAUGUAUAUUGAUGUGUAACUUCAUUAGUGGCCAUUUUGAAUCACACUGGUGAUCAUGUGAAUAUAUUUAACACUGUGUUAAAUUAAUUUACAUUACUGUUUUAUUUUAAUCAUGAACAACUACCAUGUUUCAUAAUGUUUUGUGUGGAUUUAAGGUAAUUACGCUAUCCUUUUAAACGGCAAAAGAAGAAAGUUGUCAUGUAUUUACAUGAAGGCAUUAUUGUUUGUGUUUUAGUUUCACAUUAAACUGAACCUUUUACUAAUUGUGAGCUAAACAUAUGUAUGUUGUCUUUCUGUAGGCUCUGCACACUACUGGCUAUCAUCACACCAACGUACAGUAGCUAAAUUUUUGGUGCGGUUAUAUAGCAAAUGAUAACUUACCCUAUUAAACUUUCACAUUUUGGCGUGGUAUUUCAGAAUAUUGUGGGACCAUGUGACAAAUUAAGUAGGAUCACAUUCUUUGUACCUUAUUUUUAAGGAAAUGAAGUCAAUUUGCUUUUUCCUAGUUGAGCAUAGUAAUUAGAUUUCAAAGCUGUAUACUGUGUUUGUUGGUAGCAGUGACACCAAAGAUAGAGGCAAUGGAUAGAAAUUUUUAAACUGGAUAAAAAAAACAAAACAUGAAUUACACUACAUUUUCAAAAUCUCUUGUAAUUAUUUAGAAUAUAAACAAAAUUUGAUUCAUCAGUCUUACUCCACUGCUAGUCUUUUAAAUGUGUUUUUAGCACAUUGUAUCCUUUAAUUCUUCAUUAAAAUGGAUAUAAGUUGAUGUUUCAAAGUAAUCUGUUUUCCUCCUGACUUUGCUUAGCAAUUUAUGUAUUUAUUGUUAUCUUUCAAACUAGAUGUUUAGACUGCUCUGUCUCUUUGAAAGUUGAUCUAAUGGAAUAUUUGUGGCGUCCUAUUCAGAAGUAUUUUUGAAUUUGAAUGCGUUUCUUUUAAUCCAUAUGAAAAAUGUUUUCCACUGACAUUUUAACCUUUCUUCUUAAAUAUUUAUAAUUUCUCUGGUUAUGUUAUACUAUUAUUUAACACUAUUAGGUAAACAACUGAAAUUUGAGCUGAGCACUGUGUUAAAUGAAUUGAUUUAGCAAAUUUCCUACCAUAAAUGAAAACUUAAUUUGUAUUUCCUAAGAUUAUUGUAAUCACGUAUCUUGUUUGUUUGAUUUUUGACAAAUGAUUUCAUCUUUGGCAAGAAAUCUCUUUAAUGGUGAGUAAUUUCAUAGGUUCAAAUUUAAAGCACCAUCUUCAACCUAAGUGUUUUACUCUAGUGUCAUGUAUUCCUGAGUUUGAGGUGUAUUGCCCUCAAAUGGUAAUUUUAAAAUUUGAAUCCAAACUUCAUAUUGUUUAAAGUUUUAGUAAUUUAUUUUCUGAUAAACAUUGGCAAGCAUUACUGUCUUUUUCUUUACAAUUGGAAUAUUUUAGCUCAACUGAUAGACUUCUUCCCAAUUCAUAUUGUAUUUUCCUUUGUCUUUUGAUAAAUUCCAGUUUACCAGUGCCAAAUGAAUCAUUUUCCCAUUUUAAUUUUGAUAUCUUUCAUGCUGUAAAAUCAGUUACAAAUUUUUGAGUACAUCUUUUGUCCUGUAAAAGUCAAAGUAUGAUAAAAUGAAGAAAAGAACAAUUAUCGUUACAAAGCAUAUACAUUUUUCUUUGCCUAUUACAUUAGUCAGCUUAAAAGUUUAAAUGAUGAAUACUUAAAACUGCUACUAUAUUAUUUUGUACCUUUCAUUUAUUAAGGAUGAAAAUACCAGGUGGAAAGAUUCCAAUGAAAUCUUUCCAAUGACAUGGCAAAUAUGGAAACAGGAAAGGACUAUUUAGGAGUUCAGAUUUAUUUUUUUUCUGAAAUGUGUGUGUGUUGCACUUUUAAGAAAUCUUCUCUAAAAUAUAGCUGUCCCUAAUUUGAAGGAAUAAAAUUAUUUAUAAAAUGAGCUAACUAUAAUGUGAACUUUUGUGAAGCAAAUUUUAUUUCCCAGUUUAUUUCCUUUAUAAAGUUUCAGGUUUGUUUCUGUGAGACAGUGACAUCCAAGUGGAAAAGAUUUGGUCCAGUUACUACCUAGCAUAAAUAGCAGAUAGAUUCCAUGGCCAGUUGUAUGUUAUAUCAGUGUCCUAAGCCUACUAGGAAUGCUCUAUAGUAUGUACUUAAUAUGAUUUUAUACUCUUUUCUAAAUCUGUGAUCCUCCUUUACUGUUAUCUAUCUCCCCUACUCAGUGAGGGGCCUUCUUAAUGUGCAUAGAGAUUUUCUUCUCCUUAUUAAAAACUUUUGCAACUUUGAUUUUAUACUUCUUAAUUUUUGUAUUUAAAUGCUUAAUAGACCACUGUAAUUCUUUUCUGAUAGGUACAGCUUUCAUAUAGGACAUAUGUUUCAUUCAGCUUGAAAAUAUCUUUAGUUCAAAGCUUCAAGUUUACAUGACAAAUUAAUGCCCUACAUGACUAUGUAACUAUAAAAAUUAUAUAAAUUCUCUAAAAUGAGGUCCAUUGACAUAAUUGGUCAAUUUUUCAUCUGCUUAAUGUAUUAAAAUCACUAUUUUCUUUUCCUCAUCUAUUUGUUUACUUACCAGUUGUACUAAUAAUUAUAACUUCUAGCUAUAUCACUUUUAAAAUAUAUAAUAACAAAAAUAUAGUUAAAAAUUUUUAAUCUCAUUUGCCAAUUUUUUUUUCUUGGUUUGCUUUUUUAGUGGAUUGUUUAUAGCCCUUAGAAUAAAAUAUAUAGAAUCUUACCUGAAUGUUUUCUCAAAGUCCUUAUAUUCAAUUCUCUUUAGUGUCAUGAUACAAUUAAGUGUCAAAUAUGUAUUAUUUUCUGUACUAUUUAUAAUAACAUGCCCCCUAGUUUUUAAGCAAAGAUGUCUGAUUUUUCUGUAUUCUUUCUGGUCUUCCUUUGAAGUUAUAAAGCUUAGUGGUAUAUUUUUUUUUCUGACUUUUUCUAGUUUCAAAAUUUUUUUCCUUAUGAUAUUCUAGAGCAUUUUAAAUCUUAUUAUUUAAAAUCUUAGAUUUCCCUGUUGAACAAAGUUUAACACUUUAUUAGUGAUAACUUGUAGUCAUAUUGUACUUUGCUCAUUUUCUGACUCCCUAGCUUCUGCUCACAGUUUCCACUGAGGUCAUUGUGUGUUUGCUGCUGCUUUUAGACUCAUAGAAGUUCUGAUGAGUAUUAUAUAUUAAAUUAUUAAGAGUCAGUAAGCCACUGGAUAAGAGCUAAAGGGGCUGGUUUUAGUGCUCUUUUGGUGGUUAGAGACUUUGAAAAAAAUAGGUUUGUUUUAUAGAAGAGUAGUAUCAACUUUUUGAUCAGAUAGCCUGAUCACUCAUUUUUGAUUAUAUAGCCUCUCUUCCUCUCUCUCUGUCUAUAUAUAUGUAUAUGAAUUGUACAAGUUGUAAUGUACUAAUACAUGUAUAUUAUAAAACACACCAAAAAUAGAACUCUUAAAGGAGAGAAAAAAUCCAUUAGUGGAAAUGCUGAUAUUUUCUUUCUGUAUCUCAGUGGAUCACUUUGUUUAUGCCCUGUGAUGUGUGUACACAAUUUGGAGACCACUCUUUUGGAGGUUAAGAUUAAACAGGGAAAAGCAGUAAAUUAUUAUUUACGUUUUGUUACAUAUUCAUUUUUAAAAAUUUGUGCUAAAAUAUUUUUUGAUCAGGCUCUCUGAUUUUUUUUAAGUACAUUGUAUUGUUUUGCUAUUUAGUAAAUAUCUAAACUUUUUUUUUUCUUUCAUAUAUUCUUCAACCUAUAGUGGUCUUCUAUAAGAUUAUUAUUUCUUAAAAGGAAAUAUUGACAUGUCAUCAUCUUUGGCUGUUUUCUAUUAUAGAUGGUAACCAUACUAACUGUAAUGUCUUUUUUUUAAAUUGAAUUUUAUUUUGAAACCAAACAUAGUGUUUUUUUUUUACCAAACUGAUUUUAAUUUAUGGAUCUGAUUUGCUUCUGAAUGUUUAUGCCUUCGUUUUGUGUGUGUGUGUUUUUAAAGCAGGUAGUGUAAAGAUGAUGUCUUGAAAUUGUUAAUUUUAUUCAUAUUGGUGAUUUACCUUUACACUAGUCAGCUCUGUCUUUAAUAUAUCUCAAAACUUAUGAAGUUGGUACCUUAAAGUAAAUAUCUGACGCUGUGAAGCGACACUUUUCCCACAAACUUUUUUAUGUUGAGAAUUUUUAAGCUUAUAGAAAGAUGGAACACCAAAAUACUGUUCAUCUAGAUUCACUAAUCAUUAGUAUUUUGCCACAUUAGUUUUAUCUCUUUGUGUAUGUUUGUAUGUGUGGAUAUAGUUGUGUAUAUAUGUGUAUAUAUACUUUUUUGUGUAAAUAUUUCUAAGUCACAGUCAUUGUAAACUCUACUCCAGAGUUCUUCAUCAAUGCAUCUCAUAAGGAUAUUCUUCUACAUAACCUAAACGAUUAUAUCCAAGAAAAUUAACUAUAAUUCUAUAAUAUCAUUGUUAUCAGUUGUUCCCCAAGCUAUCUUUCGUAGCCUUUUUUUUUUUUU